GCCUGAGGUCCCAAGGACCAAUCAGUAAUGGUCAUUCUCCCGCACACACAUACACAUGUACGCACCGGUCACUAUCUAAACGGCUGCGUGGUGUUCGAAAUUAAUAAUCCUUUGAACGGGUGUGACGGGUACUGAUGGUAUGGUCGGAUAAGGUGUCGAACCACGUUAGUACACGCUCCAUCGUGUCGAUGCGAACCGAUGGAAACGGGUCAGAUAAUGGUGAGUCGUCGCCCUUCUGGGCCUCUCCUCACCUGAACCAGCCAGGGAUGCGGCGAAAUGGCAGUCAUAUAAUGUGAAUAAUGGAAAGAACGGAUGGAUGCGAGGUGGUAGUUUAUGCCAAACGACUACAGAACGAGCGGCACGAUAGUUAGUUGUGGUCGGAACACGCGAGAAGGUGGUCCACGUGUGGGCUUCCUCGGUACGGCGAAUGUCCGGUAAAGUGAGCUCCGGUGGUGCCGUGAUGUGCCGCACCGCAAGCACCAUCGUUAUCGGUAUGGGAUGUUCAUCGUCCAUCGUGCUCGAGGAAGCAUCACCUACUCCAAACCCUUCGACACCGGUCAGGCGAGUAGAGAAUGGAAUAGCGGCGAUCACGAUGGGUCCGGGGAAAACGGAAACUCUCGUCGCCGCCUACUCGCGAUUGGAUGAGGAAAUAUGUGCUCUGGAAAGCACAACCCCUGGCCCUAGAUUGAUGACGGCUGAAGGUUGGGUGGAGGUACUGAAAAGUGCCGCACCACGAAUUCGUCCGGCUUCGAGGUCGGAUCCGUUAGUAAAUGCACCACUAAUACCCAAUGGAGUGAUACAGACCGACGGGGAACUCCCUCAGCAAGUUGCAUCUACAAUCGGUGAAGGCACUCACAAGGAGAUCCUUCAGAUAAUCCUGAGGCUAGACAUCAUACACAAUGAGUUGAAGGCGCAGCAGCAGGAGGAGUUUGUGGCUCGCCUUACUCGCAACGCCAUGGACCUGGAGGCGGAUCAUUACCGGGAUGAGAUGGUCGUGCAUGCCCAAAAGCGGUGUGCCACGUUGCGGACCGCUUUCGAGCGGUUGAAGCGGCUUUACCACGAGCAAGACGCACUGUUGGUGACGGUUUAUCCCGAUAGUACCUACGGCAGUCCAAUCGAGCAGCAGUUGGACGGUGAGCUUGAAACGGCUCGCGAUGUUCGCGAUCGAUUAGGAGGUGCAGUGGAACAGUGGCGUACGGCAGGUGGACUGCUGAGGGCGACCGCUAAAGGCUUGCAUCAAACCGUCGAAUACUGGGAACUGAUCGGAGCGGUACGAUCGAUCCGCGAUGCCCAACAAUUGAUCACGUUGGCUCUGGAUGCCAGGGCCGCAUGCCAUGGUGCACUGGUGGCAUUGGAGGCUGCCCAAGCCGCACUACCACAUGUCGAGAUCCCGUACAUUACCAUCCGACAGCAGACGGCGGUACGUCACGCUCUGAUCUACCUGAUGACCGAUCUGGUUCAACAGCCCCGUUAUCAGCAUACCCGCGACGUAUUUUCCGUGUUUAGUACGAACGUAACCAAAGCCGUCCACUGGGUACAUGAGUGUUACAAUGAGACGCUUCGGCAGGACUACGAUGCUGCGGAUCAGGCGGCCACUUUGCUCGCAAAGCGACUACGCGACGAACGACUCCACUACAUUGGACGCAAGUUUCCCAAUAAAAUCUACGUCCGACCUGGGGCUAUCGGAUAA